UCAGGAAGGAUAACGAGGACAACAAAAACUGGUAAAAACAUUUGAAAAGCAACGUAUUCAUUUAAAGUGAUGUAAAAAAUGGAAGGCAUCGAGGAAUCAUUUGCACCUUUAUCUCCCAAAAGCCCAUUUGCACGCAGAAACGGAAGAAGUCUUCGCAUUCAACGACUAGUCGACUGUCAACACUUCCAUUAUUCGUCUGUUGAAUUGGGUCCCGUCCGUGUUGCCAUCAUCGCAAUAAACGCUGACGAGAAUGCAACAGAGCGGAUAAAAAUGCGUGUGGAAAGUGAAUCAAAUUCAUGGCUUGUCGAACGUUCUCGGGAGGAUUGGGCAGUCUUCGACAGACAGCUGCAUCGUUGUGUGUUCGAACGAAGGCAUUCACGACUUGACGAGCUGUUUCCUCUUAUUCAUCUGGAAACGGCAAAGUUCGAGGAAGUUCUUGUCAAGUAUACGGAGCGAUUAUCGGAACUCACUGGCAGCAUUAUAACGUGCUAUCCUGUUCUGAAAUUUUUAGAAAUUGACUCUCGUGGCGGACAUUUUGAACCAGCUGAAGAAACUUCGAUCAACGUGCCAGCCAUCGCAGCUGCAGUAGUCACAAAGGAUUUUGAGCCGACCGAAAGCUCACAGCUGCGACUGCGGGUCGGUGAUAUCGUCUCAAUUACGGAAAUGUCAACAGCAAGUCCCAGCGAGCAAACAUUUUGGAAAGCAAAACUGACUAUAUCCAACCAGAAGAUUGUAGAUCCGCAAAAUGCACGGCUAGGUUUUGAAAUCGGUUAUUUUCCACGCGACUGCGUGAUGCUCAUUGAUGACAAACGCCUUCCUAAUCCAUUGAACAACGAGCAAAAAGCAUCGACAAGAAAUGCAAGAAGAUACAUGACCACAAUGUUCCGUAACCGACGACGAGAACCUAUUUUUGGGCUUGAGCUCACAGAUCUAUAUAUGAGAACUGGCAAAAAAGUACCGGUAAUUGUGGAGAAAUGCUGCGCUUCUAUUGAAGAUCAAGGAAUUGUCACGGGUAUUUAUAGGCAGUGUGGAAUUCAAUCGAAUAUUCAGAGACUGAGAGCAAAGUUCGAUAGUGGUGCUGAACCAGAUCUCCACGAGUUUGGUCAAAGAGACAUUUAUUCCGUCUCUUCAUUACUCAAACAAUACUUCCGCCAACUUCCCAAUCCAUUAUUCACUUAUCAAGCAUACCCGAAACUCAUUGAAGCAUUUGAAAAAGAGGACAGUUUAUCUGAAAAAGUAGAGUCAUUGAGAUUCUCAUUGGAGACAAUGCCGGAGGCUCACUACAGAACAGCUAAAUUUUUAAUGGAGCAUCUAACUAGGCUCUGUAAAUCAAAAUCACUCACUGACAUGACUUCGAAAAAUUUGGCAAUCGUAUGGUCCCCAAACUUAUUCAGACCACCUCCAACUCUAAACGGAGCGGAUACUCAUUUACUCAGCGGUCUUAAUGUUCACACGGCAAUUUGUGACUUUUUUAUUGAGAACUCUGAAUCACUUUUCGUCAACGAUAUAGACGAAGAACAAAGCAAAUGUACAUCAGUUGAAAACAGUUUCACAACCAUUUCAAAAUCCGCCACAAUGUCUGAUAUGCGAUCGGAAUCUGAAUCCAAGUGGCCUCGCUUUUUCAGAGGGAAAUCUGUGGAAGGAUUCUGGAAGUUUAACAGAAAACAACAAACUUCCACUGGAGAGCUUUGUGGCUCGCCUACUUCAGAAGUGAAAUGGAGAAGUAGAAGUACGAGGUCACAUUCAACAGACGCAGCAUUCCAAUCAUCAAGGACAGAUUCAUUUAUUCAACUGAUGCACACUGGAAUGGAUCAAAUUCGGGAAGGGAUGCGAAUUUUCAGAGCAAGAGCACGAAGUAUGAGACCUACAUCAAGACCGCCACCUUCACCGAGAACUCGUCGAGCAAGGUUUUCAAAUGGAAGUUCAAAUAAUGUUCAAAAACUGAAUGAAUCGGAUAUUCAACAUGAAAUUCCAUUAGCUACAACGGAACCUUCAAUAACUCCUGAGCCAAAAAACACCGUUGAUCCACAUCAAAUAAUGACACGAACAAUCAGUGUUAAUGACUCGGAUGACCAGAGCUUUGAAGAGAAUGGUCUUCGGGAAAUGCGAGAGCGAAAAGUUAUGUUCAAAGCAGCAACGCAAGAACACGUGGCAACAUUCCAUGAAAGAUCGAGUCCUGUAGAAGAAUGGUCAAGUGAUUCUAGAGAGAGUCUUCAUCUUGAAAUGUCCCGUUAUGAUAACGUAUCUCCAAGUGGUACUAUUACAAGAAAUCAACGAGAACCGAUAACUAACCUUUCUCCAGCUGCACAAAUGCUCUUUUUCGAAUCUUCUCGAGCCAGUCAUUUGUUCUCUGCAUAAUUGAAUUUCCACCUCUUUCAUGAUAUUUUUGUUCAUUGUAUUGUUGACUACUUUUUCAACUUUAUUUCUUUAUCGUCUUAAAUUUUUAAAGAACCAGUGUUCCAUUUUUUCAUUUCCUCAUAUUUUUCUUCUACUUCUCAAUUGUCUUCAAGCAAUUCCUGAUCAUUUUUAUUUUGUUUCGUGUUUUUGAUUAUAAAUUAUUUAUAUACAAA